AUGAACCCACCAUCCGUAACUGGCGACGCUGGACGUGCCUCCUUCCAUAGCCUGGUGCUAAUUCCUUGCUACUCGACUACUGUAUCUUCUGGGGGGUUGCGUACAAUGAUCGUUAUCAAGACGGCGCUGGUGGUACUGGUGGUACUGGUGGGGUGGGUGGUAGCGUUGAGUUCCGAUCCGGGCGUGUAUCCGGGUGGGGACCAGAACCCGCUCCACGGGUGGCGUACACUACCCACCAUCCCCGGCGCCUCUAUCGACAAUACAACACUCGCAGUGGGGAACGCCACGCUGGUGCACUAUAUCGACGCGGCUUACGAUGCACGCCGCGUAAAACGCGCGGUGAUUCAGAUCCAUGGCGAGAAUCGAGAUGCCUGGAACCAGUGGCUUUACGCCGACCUUGCUGCCCAGCGCGCGGCGGAGGGUGGCGAUCUGGAGAGAGACGAGGUGGUGGUGAUGGCACCCAUGUUCUUCAACACGCGCGACCGUGGCGCUUAUCCUUACGAUGAAGCGCUGGAUCCCGUUGCGACUACGACUACACAGGAUACUUCGCUCCCAACCAACACGGCUGUUCGAAGAGGGAUGGAAGGGAGGGUGCUGGAGCGCAGGGGAAAGUUCCCGAUUCCGUUGGGGAAGGUCAGUACGACACGUGCGAUGAUUUGGAAGUCGGUCGAGUGGGGCGAAGGUGCAAAUGCCUACGAACCGGUCGGUGCACCGGGUAGCUUUGAAGCCCUAGACGCCGCGGUUGACUUCUUCCUCGACCGAACGCGGUUCCCCCAUCUGCGAAAAGUGGUCGUUGCGGGAUUCAGCCUGGGCGCGCAACUCACCAAUCGGUAUGCCACCUUCCGCACGGACACGACCAACGACGACCGCGUGGCGUUCUGGAUCUCAAGCCCCAACUCGUUCGUCUACCUCACCCCCACCCGCCCCCUCCGCAUCGGCGCAGCCUGUGCAUCCACGUACGCCGACUACAAGUACGGCCUCAACGGGACGCUUCCCUCGUACAUCUCAUCGACAUCGUUCUCGGCAUCCGAACUCAUCCAGCGCUACCUGGCUAGGACGGUGUAUUACCUUGUAGGCAUGCAGGAUGAUUCUGCCGGCUUGGACUCGUGUGCACCGAAUAGCCAGGGUCGCGGACAUCUGGACAAGAUGUGGUACUGGACCCAACAAACGCUCCCCUACCUACCGGGCAGCACGGGCAACGAGGGGGAACUUCCCCCCAACAGCGAGGUCAGGUUCGUUGCAAAGACGGGCCACCAGGACUGGAAGAUGAUCACCUCCGAUCCGGGCGUCGAAACGCUGCUUCUCAAAGGGUGGUACGCCAACGGAACGGAUGCACGCGCACCCAAGAGCAACGGUGUUACCGCGGCCAAUACCCCAUCCUUGCACCAGGUGACCAACGCGGCAUCCACCAGCCACCGCGGGCACGUCGUCGCCGUGACCGUCGCGGUGUCACUUCCGCUACUCGUCGCCCUCACAUUGUAG